UUCUUCAAGCAGGGAAGGGCUGAAGCUGCUUCCCAUGGCUGAAAACAAAAACAACAGAAUUCUACUUAAGAAUUUGGAAUCUGUGGGCAAAGAACUUCUUGUUGGAGUUUUAGAUGACUUAGUAGGAAAAGAUGUUCUGAAAUUAGAAAAAUCAGAGAGGAAAAAAUUUGAAGAGGCCACACCUCGACAGAAAACCCGGCUCGUUGUGGACUCUAUAUUACAGAAACGCCAUAUAGCAGGUGAAGUUCUCCUACAGACCCUCCUUAACACCAACAAAAAUGCCACACAAACAAAAGUUCCUCCGGCGCUCACGGCCAGACCACCUGAGUCAGUGGAAACUGCAGAUGGCAUGAAGCUUUGCCCUCAUGAAAAAUUCCUGAGAAUAAGCCAAGAAAGAGCAGGGGAGAUCUACCCAAUAAAGGAGAAAGUGGGCCGAACGCGUCUGGCUCUCAUCAUAUGCAAUACGGAGUUUGAGCAGCUCUCUUACAGGCAUGGGGCAGAGCAUGACAUCAGAGGGAUGCAGGCCCUGCUCAAGAGCCUUGACUACACAGUGGACGUGAAAGAGCAACUCACAGCCACGGCUAUGGAAGAUGCACUGCGGGAGUUUGCUGCGCGCCCUGAGCACCGGUCCUCUGAUAGCACGUUCUUGGUGUUCAUGUCUCAUGGAACCCUGGAAGGAAUCUGUGGGAUCAAGCAUGGUGAGAAAAACCUAGACAUGCUCCCUAAUGACACCAUCUUCCAGAUAUUCAACACCCGCAACUGCACUUCUCUGAAGGAUAAACCCAAGGUCGUCAUCAUCCAGACUUGCAGAGGUGAAAGGCUAGGUGCAACGGUGGUCAGUGAUGAUUCAGGAGCCUCUGCAGACAGCUCUUCACCUGAGAAUGUAGAGGAUGAUGCUGUUUGCAGAACCCACGUGGAGAAGGACUUCAUCGCGUUUUACUCAUCGACUCCACAUACCAAAUCCUGGAGAGACACCACAAGAGGUUCUUAUUUCAUUCUAGAACUUAUCACAUGCUUACAAAAUUAUGCUUGGUGCUGUCAUCUACUGGAAGUAUUUCAGAAGGUACAACAAUCAUUUGAAAAACGAUGUGAUAGAUUCCAGAUGCCCACUAUUGAAAGACUAAAUAUGCCAAAAUGUUUCUACCUCUUUCCUGGCAAUUGAUAUUAGUGAGUAUCAAGCACAAAAUAACUGGAAAAAUGAUACUAAUGGAAAUCACAUCGAUCCAGCUUCCUUUUAAAUCAAAUACAAGGCACACCUGGGCCAUACAGAACUCAUAAUUGCCUUUUUAAAAUAUCCAUAAAAAUUAAAAUAUGAAAUAGAACAAAUAAAUGUGUUCUCUAGUAGAGAAGAAAAUGUCAAUGAAAAUGUUGGGAAUGGAAAUGAAGUGGAAGAAGCUAAGUGUUUUCUAGCUGUAUGGCUCACAUAGCACCUUGACUUCACCAAGUGCAGAGAACUACCCAAUACAAGGGGUGAAAGUUGACAGUGCCCAUCUGGGUCUCAGAACUACAGAUUGACCAUUUCUUCCUAUGUACACCACAAAACUACUGAGGCUUGAAUGGCACAGGGCAAGCUUUCUAAUCGAAUGCUAGCACACCAUGGAGAUGCUGUGUCUUAGUUUCCUGACCAUGACAAUGAAGCAAAUACACAAUAAAAAAUGCUAAAUGAUUAUUGUGACUUCCAGUGCAUAUGAAAGUUACGUUUAUGCCUUAAUGGAUUCAUUCAAUAUAUACGAGUAUUAUGUUUAAAUGAAAAUAUUACUUUAAU